CUGUUUGGACCUUCUCUUCAGACACCGUCAGAGGAGGGUCAGGCCCCUAGGGGCCUCUGGGGGCCUUGGGGCCCAUGGGCCUCCUGCUCCCAGCCCUGUGGGGUGGGGGUGCAGCACAGGAGCCGAACAUGUGAACUGUACCCAGGCCUGUCCCUCCCACCCCGGCCCCCCAGACACCCGGAAGUCAUCCGGCCCCGGGGCCAGGGCUCCAGACCCCAGCCGCCCCGGGAUCCCCAGUCUCUGUACAGGCCACAGCCUCGGGGAAGGGGUGGCCCUCUUCGAGAUUCGGCUUUUCAGCUGGGGAGAGAGGAGACUCCAGGGGCCCAGAGGUCCCGGGUUCGAGACCCUAUCAAGCCAGGAAUGUUUGGUUAUGGGAGAGUGCCUUUUGCCCUGCCUCUGCACCGGAGCCGCAGGCACCCCCACAGACCUGGGCAGCCCCGAAACUCUUCCAUAGCGGAAGAGAGCCUUGCAUCCCAGCCUCCAAGCACAGGACUGGCCUCUGAAAACCAUAGCCCCCAAAGGCAGUUCCCUGAACUGCCUGCCCAGCACCGUUCUCUCCCCGCUGAGACUCCAAGCCCUGCAAAUGCUCAGACAGAGGUGCCCCCCAGAACCAGUUCUGCUCCCUUCAACCCGGGAAUCCCUUCACCCACCUCCUCCUCUGGAGACAGGAGGUCUUUCCAGGGAGCCCCUGGGCCUCGGCUGCCAGCUUCCCAGGGAGGCUGGAACCAUCCCCAGGGAGCUGAAUUACAGCCCCACCCUUUCCCUCCUGUCCCCCGGAGUCAAGGCCAGCAGAGCAGGGGCCACUGGAGACAUGGAGGGAGUCGUCACAGGUCCCCAGAGGGCUGGCUGCCUCUGACAAGAGACCCCGGCCCCCUCUGGAGCCUCUUUGCUCCCAGUAGCCCUGUUCCAAAAUGUUCUGGGGAGAGCGAGCAGCUGCGAGCCUGCAGCAACGAG